GUCUGCACAACGACUUCAAAGAGGAAGAUCGUCUCUUAAGAUAUGUUUAUACUCGAGAGUUGGGAUUUUCCAUUCACCGUCUGCUUCUUCUCCCGCUCAUGAACAUCGUCACAGCCAUCAUGGUGGAGUCCGCCCUCCGCACCGCCAACGAGGACCAGGUUGCAAAGAGGGCAUGGGAUGACAUGAGAAGGAAGAACAUGAUGCCCAAGCUGAGAAAUUUGUUCAUGACUCUGGACACGACUGGUGAUGGAGAAGUGGACCUUGAAGAGAUCCUGAACGCUCCAUCCGACAUCAAGGAGGCCAUGCAGCACAUCGUGGGCUUGAACCAGCUGGAGGAAGUUUUCCAUCUGCUGGACUAUGACGGGAGCGGCACCGUGGACAUUAAUGAAUUUGUGGAGGGGAUUUUGCGGUCGCAAGGAGAGAAGCCCUCGGAGCUCUUCGUGAUCAUGAAGCAGGGCAAGGCCAUCUUACACAGAUUGGGGCAUUUGCGUCCAUCUAGGAGGUCAUCUAUUGAGAUUGGUUGCCAUGGCGAUACUUCUCCGUAA